AUGCUCAAGGCACGCCAGACCCGUGGCGCCAUCAGGUCCAUCAACACCUCCGUUCGCCGCUUUUCCGCCACCCGGGCGCCUGCGGCCGUUUCGCCAUACCGCAAGGCCACUCUUGCCUCUGAGAUCAAGCCCGUCGUCAAGGAAGCCUCCAAGAGGCCCCAGAGCACUGCCGCUGCUGCUCAAGCUGAGCAGCGCCCCGUUCCCAGUCCAUCAUUCAACCAGGAAUCUUCAAAAUGGCACGACUCGCGCCACCGCCAGCCCGAGAUGGACCACUCGUUCGUCGGCAUGAAGGGAGGAGAGAUCUUCCAUGAGAUGAUGCUGAGGCAGGGCGUUAAGCACGUCUUUGGUUACCCUGGAGGCGCCAUUCUCCCCGUUUUCGACGCUAUCUACAACUCGCCGCAUUUCGACUUCAUUCUUCCCAGACAUGAGCAGGGUGCGGGACACAUGGCAGAGGGCUACGCCAGAGCUUCCGGAAAGUGCGGCGUUGUUCUUGUCACCUCUGGUCCUGGCGCGACCAACAUUGUCACUCCUCUGCAGGACGCUCUGAUGGACGGUACGCCUAUGGUCGUCUUCUGCGGUCAGGUCGUUACGACCGCCAUUGGUUCGGAUGCUUUCCAGGAGGCCGACACUGUUGGCAUCACGAGAGCCUGCACUAAGUGGAAUGUCAUGGUCAAGAGCAUUGCGGAGCUUCCCAGGCGCAUCAAUGAGGCGUUCGAGAUCGCGACGAGUGGGCGCCCUGGCCCCGUCCUCGUGGAUCUGCCCAAGGAUGUCACUGGUGGCACAUUGAACAGGCCGAUUCCCGUCAUGAGCACGCUCCCGACUCACCCCAGUGCUGCCAGCAUUGCCGCCCGCGAACUGAGCAGGAAGCACCUCGAGGCCUCCAUCAAGCGCACCGCCGAUCUCGUCAACAUCGCCAAGAAGCCCGUCAUUUAUGCCGGCGCGGGUAUCCUCGCUACGCCCGAGGGUCCCAAGCUUCUCCGUGAGCUGUCAGACAAGGCCUGCAUUCCCGUCACGACCACUCUUCAGGCUCUCGGUGGCUACAACGAGUUCGACGACAAGUCGCUCCACAUGCUUGGUAUGCACGGCUCUGCGUACGCCAACAUGGCCAUGCAGGAGGCGGAUCUGAUCCUCGCCCUUGGUGCCCGUUUCGACGACCGUAUCACUGGUAGCGUUUCACGUUUCGCUCCUGCUGCGCGUGCCGCCGAGGCUGAAGGCCGUGGUGGCAUCGUCCACUUCGAGAUCAUGCCCAAGAACAUCAACAAGGUUAUCCAGGCCACUGAGGCUGUGGAGGGUGAUGUCUCGGCGAACCUGGCCACCCUCAUCCCGCAGCUUAACACCGUUUCUGAGCGCCCCGAGUGGUUUGAGCAGAUCAACGACUGGAAGAAGCGCUUCCCUUGGGCCUUCGAGAAGGAGGGUGCCAAUGGCCUGAUCAAGCCCCAGACCAUUAUGACCACUCUUUCCAAGCUCACCGAGGACAUUCGCGACAAGACCGUUAUCAGCACUGGUGUCGGUCAACAUCAAAUGUGGGCCGCGCAGCACUUCCGCUGGACCCACCCGCGCACUAUGAUCACCUCCGGUGGUGCUGGCACCAUGGGUUUCGGUCUCCCGGCUGCCAUUGGCGCCAAGGUGGCCCGUCCCGACGCUCUCGUCGUUGACAUUGACGGUGAUGCAUCCUUCUCGAUGACGCUCACUGAGCUGUCGACGGCCGCCGAGUUCAACAUUGGCAUCAAGGUUAUCAUCCUCAACAACGAGGAGCAGGGCAUGGUUACGCAGUGGCAGUCGCUCUUCUUCCAGGACCGCUUCUCGCAUACGCACCAGAAGAACGCUGACUUCGUCAAGCUCAGCGAGGCUAUGGGCGUGCAGGCGAAGCGCGCCAUCAAGCCUGCGGAGCUUGAGGAGAGCCUCAAGUGGCUCAUCAACACCGACGGCCCGGCGCUCUUGGAGGUCGUCACUGACCAGAAGGUGCCUGUCUUGCCCAUGGUCCCGGCCGGCAACGCGUUGCACGAGUUCUUGGUGUACGAUGAGGCCAAGGAGAAGGCUCGCCGUGAGCAGACUCGCCGCCGCUCCGGCCGGUAA